AUGGCUGCCUUUCCACCACCGCCAGUUGAUAUGGACUGGCCGAAUAUCGGUUUCAAGGUGUGGCCUGUGAAUGGCCAUAUCCAGUCUACAUUUGAUGCCACCGCUUCCGAGCCCGCUUGGUCAAAACCAAAGUUUGUUGCUUCACCUCACCUCACCAUACAUGGAAUGGCGCCUGGCCUCAACUAUGGCGUACAAUGUUACGAGGGCAUCAAGGCAUUCAGAGCGCCUUCUGGUGAUAUCACAAUCUUCCGGCCAGACCAAAAUGCUGUUCGAAUGCAGCGCUCCGCCGAUUUCAUCUGUAUCCCACCUGUACCUACAGAUAUGUUUCUCGACGCGGUGAACCUAGCAGUCGCUGUCAAUGCUGAGUUCGUUCCACCAGCCAAUUCUGGCCAGGCAAUGUAUAUCCGUCCUCUCCUCUUCUGUAGUUCCGCUCAGCUCGGUCUCAACCCUGGUUCAGAGUAUACCUUUGUGGUCUUCGUGAUGCCAACAGGUGUCUACCACGGCACCAACGCUGUCGAUGCUCUUAUUCUCGAAGACUUCGACCGUGCAGCUCCAGAGGGCACAGGAAGUGCCAAGAUUGGCGGAAAUUAUGCCCCAGUACUGCGUCAUUCGCAAAAGGCUUACAAAGAAGGCUUUGGUAUCACAUUACAUCUUGACUCAAAGACACGGUCAGAAAUAGACGAGUUCUCGACUUCUGGCUUCAUCGGCGUUAAGCAGGGAACGGACGGUAAGACGACAGUCGUGGUUCCCGACUCCAAGAACGUGAUCAAGUCCGUAACAUCCGAGUCAGCAUGUCAAAUCGCUCAGGACGUCUACGGUUAUACUGUCGAGAGACGCAGAAUUGCCUACGAAGAAUUACCAGAGUUCAGUGAGAUAAUGGCUGCAGGUACAGCUGCUUCUCUUGUACCAAUCAAGAGCAUCACCAUGAGAAGCAGGAAUGACAAGUUUACGUUUGAAAAAGCCUUGCCAAGCGAUGGUGGCCCAGGCCCUGUCUGCAAGGAGCUGCUCAAGGUUUUAAAGGGCAUUCAGCAGGGUGUAGAGAAGGAUCAGUUUGGCUGGAAUAAAGUCGUCAAGCAGCCACCAAAAGGCUUUGUCGGCGAUACGGAGGUGAAUGGCGGCACGCAUAAUGUUAAUGCCAUGAAUGCAUGA